AUGCCCCCCAACGCUUCCAUUCCGACUCCCGAAAUGACACAAAGUGACGACCGACACCAAGAUGCCUCCGUGCAGCAACUCGAUGCACCGACCACGAAUGUGUCCAUGGUGCCUGUUACACCUCGAGAAGACGAUACUGUGCCAUCGCAGCGCCGCCGACCAGUGUCUUUGCCUGUCCAGGUGCAGGAAUGCACCAUGCAGCGCAUUCUCGUGACAGGCGGCGCUGGAUUCAUUGGUAUCCAUUUGUGCCGCCAUUUGCUGGAGAAAGGCCAUGAAGUCAUUUGUCUCGAUAAUUUUUUUACUGGUCAGCGCGCAAAUGUGCUGGAAUUGCAGUCCCGUUACCCAAGCUUUGAAUUUGUGCGUCACGAUAUCACAGAGCCGUAUUUUUGUGAAGUUGACCAGAUUUACAAUUUGGCGUGUCCAGCAUCACCAGUACAUUACCAGCACAACCCUAUCAAGACGACCAAAGUCUCGUUUUUGGGCGCUAUCAAUAUGUUGGGCCUUGCUAAGCGCUUGAAGGCACGUGUGUUUCAAGCAUCUACCAGUGAAGUAUAUGGAGACCCAGAAGUCUCACCGCAAGUGGAGUCGUAUUUGGGAAAUGUUGACUGCACCGGCGUAAGAGCGUGUUAUGAUGAAGGCAAGCGAGUGGCUGAAACGCUUUUUUUCGAGUAUCAUCGUACACAAGAGGUGGAUGUUCGUGUAGCGCGCAUCUUCAAUACAUACGGUCCGGGAAUGCAUCCUUACGAUGGACGUGUAGUGAGCAAUUUCAUCAUGCAAGCGUUGCAGGGAGAAGACAUUACCAUAUACGGCUCGGGCAGUCAAACGCGUUCGUUUUGCUACGUGGAUGACCUCGUUGAGGCCAUUUUGCGCUUCAUGGAUUGCAAAUCAUGUGUGGGGCCGAUGAAUCUGGGAAACCCUCACGAAAUGACGAUCCGCGAACUCGCUGAGAUGGUCAUUCGCUUGACGAACUCUCACAGCCGAAUAGUGUUCAGGGAUUUGCCUAACAACGAUCCAAAAUUAAGAAAGCCUGAUAUCACCCUUGCCAAGGCGCAUUUGGAUUGGAAACCCCAUGUAGACAUCGAAGAAGGUCUUCUGCGCACCAUCACAUAUUUUCGGGCCUUGGACCUAUCCAAAUUCAAGCUACCAACCAACAACACUGCGCAUCGCAUGAGUGAGAUUGCGAACCAGGUUAAAGCGACAAGUAUCCGUUAA